UGUUUGUAGCUUCACUCAAUACAACCUCAGUACAAUCUUCAACUUCUUCCUUUGCGUACAGUUUUUCACUGAACUCUGACAAAAAGCUAUCUUCCAAGUCAAUGAAAUUGGACAUAUCAAAUCAUAUCAAACCAGCAGCAACGACUACAAAGGCACAUAUUCAAUCAGUGUCUCCAACAACCUACAAAACCGCAACCCUGUGUCUCUCACUCCUAAACUCUCACGCCCUCCGCGAGCUCAUCGCAACUUCUAUGCCGCCCAAGUCUCCGCAAACCAGCGGCGACAAGACCACCAAACCCAACAAAUCACACCUGCAUCCGCCGGUUUCCCUCUGCAAGCCCAGCCCGGCGAUCUGCUCCAAGUCAGACACUAAACGCUCACCACGUGUAUAAUAACCCUUCUUCUAUCGCUGUGCUACUGCCAGCCCUCAUCAGGAAAUCCAGAGAGAGGAUAUAAGAGGACCCGCAUCGACGGUAACAUCG